AAUUUGCGGUGGGGCAGGUUGAUCCCACGAUGGAUAAGGAAAUGAGCUUAAUCAAGUCACCUGACUUGAUUAAUUUAAAUGACACAGAUACAGAUGCAGAGAUUCAGUACAAGAGCCUGGGUGCCACCAAUGGGGAGGCGACAGCUGACACAGAUGAGCCACACCUCUCUGCCGACUCGCCCUCUGCUUCCUCACCAGCCAGUGACUCGCCCAAGCCGGCCCGGCCCGGUCGCGUCCAGUGGCAGACAACAUUGUCUGACGAGCGGCGCCAGCUGCUGGCGACCGAGGGCGAGUCCUCGGACCGCCACUCGUCCGAGGACGAGGUGGACGUGUGGACGGUGAGCGGCGAGCAGCGCCAGUACUACGUGCAGCAGUUCCUGGCGCUGCAGUCCGACCUCGCCGGUCUCGUACCCGGACACACUGCCAAGGCCUUUUUUGAGAAGAGCAAGCUACCUGUGGCGGCGCUGAGCAAGAUCUGGAAUUUGUCGGACGUCACCCGAGAUGGCUGUCUGUGUCUGGAGGAGUUCGUCACCGCCAUGCACCUGGUCGUGCUCAGGAGGAACAGGAUCGAGGUCCCUGAUCAGCUGCCAAUGUCACUUGUGCCUAAGACGGGCGCCGGCCUGUCCGCGCCGCGACCGGCCGAACCGUCGCAGCCGACGGCUGGCGGCCCACCGUCCGCCCAGCUGACUUCGCCCAAGGGCAAGGAGUGGACUAAGUUCGUUGAGUCUCCCAUGAGCAACAUGUCGUCGCCUGGCAUAAAGCCAGUCAAUUUCGACUUCCACAAGUCGGCAGUGGAGCAGAACCCGCAGAUCCUGCACCCGGUGGCCGUGAAGGGGACACGGGACGAGCAGGGCCGCCGGCCGCGCGGCGACUCGUCCGACUCCGACUCGGCCGAGAGUGCAGAGCCUGCGCCCGCGUCUUCACCGCCGCCGCCGCCGCCUCCUCCGCCGCCGCCGACGCUCCGACACAGUGCGUGCUAG